AUGGCGCCGCCAGCUCCGGAGCCGGAGCCGGCGCCCGUCGAGCCUGAGCCCGCCGACGACGGCUACAAGCUCGUCUGGAGUGAUGAGUUCGACUACGAGGGCCUGCCCGACAGCCGCAAGUGGUCCUACCAGGUCGAGGCGAACAACUGGGUCCACGAUCGCAACCACAACGAGCAGCAGUGGUACAUGAGCGGGCGCAAGGAGAACUCGUACGUGAGCGACGGCACCCUGAAGAUCACCGCGCGGCGGGAGGACUGGAUCGGGAACCCGUUCACGAGCGCGCGCAUCCGGACGCGCGGCAAGGGCGACUGGCUCUACGGCCGCAUGGAGGUCCGCGCGAAGCUGCCCGCGGGCCGGCCCGGCAUCUGGCCCGCGAUCUGGCUCAUGCCCACGGACCAGCGCUACGGCGGCUGGCCGCGGAGCGGCGAGGUCGACAUCAUGGAGUGCGUCGGCUGGGACCCGGGCGUCAUCCACAACAGCGUGCACACGGGCGCGUUCAACCACCGCCUGAAGAGCCACAAACACGCGGUCAUGCGCGUGCCGGACGCGCACGACGCCUUCCACGUCUACGCCGUCGAGUGGACGGAGGAAUCCAUUAAAUACUUCAUCGACGACGUCCAGACCUUCGAGUUCAAGAACACGAAGAGCGGCAGCAGCGACGAGUGGCCCUUCUCGCAGCGGUUUUACAUCAUCCUCAACGUCGCCGUGGGCGGCAACUGGGGCGCCGUCAAGGGCAUCGACGCGGCCUGCCUGCCGACGACCAUGGAGAUCGACUACGUCCGCAUGUACCAGCGCGGCGUCGCGGACACGGCGGGCACCGAGCUCCCGCCGCCGCCGCCCGCGGAGAUCCCCGGCGGCCAGUUCGUGCCGCCGCCCGCGCCGCCGAAGCCGCCCGCGCCGCCGACGCCGCCGCCCGCGCCGACGCCGCCGCCCGCGCCCGAGCCCGCCGCCCCGCCCCCGUCCGCGUGA